AUUCCUCUCUCUCUCUCUCUCUCUCUAUCUCUUUGGAAUUGAAAUGCUCUUUGUCCCUAACACUCUCUGCUGUCACUGUAUUUGCGGUUUUCUCUCAUCUUGUCCUGCAACUAAUUAGGGUUUCCCCCAUGAACUCUCACAUCCAUUAAUAGUACUCAAUUUUUCAUUCCAAUCCAAGAUAUAUCAUCGAUCUAUCACACCCUUCAAUGUAAUUUUCUUUUUCACUCACACUAUAAAGGAAUAUAGAUAGAUCUAUAUAGCCCUCUACAUAUUCUUUCUUCAAAAUACAAAAAACCAAUAUAUUAUAAGAGAAUAGUUGAAAAUUGAAGGAAGUUCCAACACACGUCCAAUUGAAGUGAAAAAAGAUUCCUGGCAAGAAGAUCAUAUAUAUGGCUUCAUCAUCAUCUUCUUCAAGCUACUCAAAUUCUCCAUGUGCGGCAUGCAAGUUCUUGAGAAGAAAAUGCUUACCGGAUUGCAUUUUCGCGCCCUAUUUCCCGCCGGAAGAGCCUCAAAAAUUCGCAAACGUUCACAAGAUCUUCGGCGCAAGCAAUGUAAGCAAGCUUCUAAAUGAAGUUCAGCCUCAUCAAAGGGAAGACGCGGUGAAUUCUCUUGCAUAUGAGGCUGAAGCAAGGAUCAAGGAUCCAGUUUAUGGUUGUGUUGGUGCAAUUUCAGUGCUCCAAAGACAAGUUAUUAGGCUCCAAAAGGAGCUUGAUGCCACAAAUGCUGAUUUGAUGAGAUAUUGCAAUGAAGUUCCUAACCCUACUUUAGGAAGAAGGAAUAAUCAUAAUAAUAACAACAAUAAUAAUAAUUUGGGUGAAGGAGGUGGUGGUUCUUUUUAUUUCCCUUCUUCUUCUUCUUCAGCUUGGAACAAUGAUGAUACUUGUGGUGGUGGGGAUGGCUACCAUAGAGGUUGAUUUGAUUCAUAUAUAUCUAUCUAGGUAUAUAUAUAUAUGUGAAUCAAUAAUUAUUAGUGGUUAUUAUAUGGUGAUAUGAAUACUCACGUAUAAUUGUCUUUAUGUGAAGUUAAUAGUUGAAAAAUAUAUAUUAGAUGAUAAUUUAGUCAAACAUAUUAAAUUAUCUAAUAAUUUUCAACAAAUAUCUUCAUAUAAAGACAAGUGCAGGUAAAUUUUAACUUAUUAUAUAUGUGCAAGUUAUUGUUGUUUGAAAACUUAAUUAGGGUUUACUUGCUUUGGUAAAGUAGUAUUUGGUGAAGGGGUUUCAAUGUGUUUGUAUAUAUGUAAAUGUUACUGUAUGGUUUCUCAAGGUAUAUACAUAA